AUGGCCGUCAGCCCUAUCAUCAUCUGCCUCCUGUCACUGAUUGGCUAUGGCUCAUCCCAUUCAUCUCCUCCUCCUCGGGGGUGCAGCGUGGAUGUGGACCCUCCGUACAGAGUGCUGUGUGACCUGGAGUCAGUCUGGGGUGUGGUUCUGGAGGCCGUGGCCUGCAGCGGUGGCCUGGCUUCUCUGGUCCUCGCUGUGCUCCUGCUAGUCAAGCUUCGCUUCAUUUCUGAUCCCGCCAGGCGCUCCGGCAUGGGGCCUCUUCUCCUGCUCCUGGGCACGCUCCUGGGGCUCUUCUCCAUCUCUCUGGCUUUCUUGGUGGGGAAGAAUCAGGCGCUCUGUGUGGUCCGCAGAGCCUUCUGGGGGCCCCUCUUUGCCCUCUGCUUCUCCAGCUUGCUAGUGCAGGGGGUCAGGCUCAGGAGGUUGGUGGCUGGCGAGACGAGCCCCUCGGGCAGCUCCUUGGCUGCGCUCGGCCUGGCCUUGGCCUUGGUUCAAGGGAUCAUCUCUGCUGAAUGGGUCUUGCUGACUGUAGUUAGGGAGGGUCACCCGGCCUGCGAAUAUCCGCCUUUAGACUUUGCUUUGACAUGCAGCUACACCCUAGGGCUACUCCUCAUAGCCAUGGGUCUUUCUUUGGGGGUGGUGCUGUGUGGAGGAGAGAUGGGGGCAGAGGGAGGAGGUGGGAGUGAAGAAGAUAGAGAAGGAGAGAAUGAAAAAAGGAGAUGGAAAUGUAACGCCGUCUGGCUCUUCCUUUCCAGUCUGGCAUCAGCAUUACUGUGGGUGGCUUGGUUGGGGUUUUAUCUUUAUGGCAGCCAGGCGCUGAGGGGGAAGGGGAAAGGGGAUAGGUUAGGAGGAGGAGGAAAAAAGGAUGUAAAGGUGUUGGAUGAGCCGGCGCUGGCGGUAGCCUUGGUCAUUCAAGGCUGGAUCCUGCUGCUGUUCCACGCUAUUCCAGAGGCACACCUGUGUCUCCGAAACCCUCCACCGUCCAACACGCAAGACUUCUUCGACUCCACUCACACGUCCCCUCCUCCACAUUUUGGAGAUGAGCUCCCGGCACACUCGCACCGACCUUUCCCUGAAAACCAGGCUUUUUCUAUAGAGGAGCACGGCGCAACUCUCCGAAGUGGAACAUACCACAGCAGCCAGGGGAGUAUGCGUCCUGGCAUCGCCUUCAGAGGUCACGUCUACCAACCCACUGAGAUGGCUCUGGUCAUGAAUGGUGGGACAAUGCCCACAGCCCCAGUUAACUACACUGGAAGACGAUUAUGGUAAUGCGGGACCAAACUGGAAACACGGG